AUGAAUAAAAUAAAGAAAUCGGAUAUACAAAAAAUAAGUACAAGUUCUGUCAUUAAUAAAAAUUUUAAAAAAGAAAACAUUUUUGAUGGUUCUGAUGAAACUUGUUGGACAUCUUGUGAAGGGAGUCCUCAGUGGGUCGCAGUCGAAUUAAAAGACGAAUUUACAAUGACUGGAUUCAGUAUACAAUUUCAAGGUGGUUUUGCUGGACAAAAUUGUCAUGUUGAAUUUAAUAAUAAAGAUGAUGUUAUAACCGAGUCUUUUUAUCCAGAAGAUAUUAAUUUAGUACAAAAUUUUAAUUUUAAAAACCCAGUUUUAUCUAAUAACAUAAAAUUAGUUUUCGAUAAAAGUACUGAUUUUUUCGGAAGAAUCGUUGUCUACUCUUUAGAUAUAUAUUAUGAUAAAAAUAAUUUUAAUAAUUCAUAG